CCGACAACAGGUGCACAUUCCUGGGCGCCUCGUCACUUCCCCUGGCCUGGCGGCCUCGGCCGCUCUUCGGACAAACCCACUGAGCGAAAUCGGCAGGGCCAUGGCCUUAGGGGCGCUGCUUCUGAUUCUGGGGAUACUCGGGACGCCCCUCGCCCCAGGAGCCCGCGGGUCGGAAGCCGAAGGCCAACUGCUUAAGAAACUUUUCUCGGAUUAUGAUAGCUCAGUAAGGCCGGCGCGGGAGGUGGGAGACCGCGUCGGGGUCAGCAUCGGCCUCACCUUGGCGCAACUCAUCAGCCUGAACGAGAAGGAUGAAGAAAUGAGCACAAAGGUGUACUUAGACCUGGAGUGGACCGACUACAGGUUAAGCUGGGACCCCGCAGAACACGAUGGCAUCGAGUCUCUCCGUGUCACUGCUGAAUCUGUUUGGCUCCCUGAUGUGGUGCUGCUGAACAACAAUGAUGGAAACUUUGACGUUGCCCUGGACAUUAAUGUCGUGGUGUCCUUUGAGGGAUCUGUGCGCUGGCAACCCCCUGGCCUGUAUCGCAGCAGCUGCAGCAUCCAGGUCACCUACUUCCCCUUUGACUGGCAGAAUUGCACCAUGGUGUUUAGUUCCUACAGCUAUGACAGCUCUGAGGUCAGCCUGAAGACAGGCCCAGAUCCUGAUGGACAGGAGAGGCAGGAAAUCUACAUCCAUGAAGGGACCUUCAUCGAGAAUGGUCAAUGGGAGAUUAUCCACAAACCCUCUAGGUUAAUCCACCUUCCAGGGGAUCGAAGAGGAGGGAAGGAAGGACAUCGAGAGGAAGUUAUCUUCUAUCUCAUUAUUCGGAGGAAGCCUCUCUUCUACCUGGUCAAUGUCAUUGCCCCGUGCAUCCUCAUCACCCUCCUGGCCAUCUUUGUUUUCUACCUUCCACCAGAUGCAGGAGAGAAGAUGGGGCUCUCCAUCUUUGCCCUGCUGACCCUCACUGUGUUCUUGCUGCUGCUGGCCGACAAAGUGCCUGAGACCUCCCUGGCAGUCCCCAUCAUCAUCAAGUAUCUCAUGUUUACCAUGAUCCUUGUCACCUUCUCAGUUAUCCUUAGUGUUGUGGUCCUCAACUUGCACCAUCGCUCACCCCACACCCACCAAAUGCCCCUUUGGGUCCGCCAGAUCUUCAUUCACAAGCUCCCUCCAUACCUGGGUCUGAAGAGGCCCAAACCCGAGAGAGACCAACUACCCGAACCACAUCACUCCUUCUCUCCAAGGAGUGGCUGGGGCCGAGGAACUGAUGAAUAUUUCAUACGGAAGCCUCCAUGUGAUUUUCUUUUCCCUAAACUUAACAGGUUUCAGCCUGAAUCACCUGCUCCCGACCUGAGACGAUUUAUCGAUGGUCCACCCCGGGCUGUAGGUCUGCCUCAGGAGCUACGCGAGGUCAUUUCUUCCAUCAGCUACAUGGCCCGACAACUUCAGGAACAGGAGGACCACGAUGCACUGAAGGAGGACUGGCAGUUUGUCGCCAUGGUUGUGGACCGUCUUUUUUCUGUGGACAUUCAUCGUUUUCACAAGCGUCGGGACGCUAGUCAUUUUCCUAGAUGCCACGUACCAUUUGCCCCCUCCUGAACCUUUUCCUUGAGGACCCUCCGGUCAUUUUUGCCAAGUGCUGCAGGUACUCUCACGCUGUAUAGCGCUUGGCUCC